AUGCCUCCCGCUGACACUGAGGCAGAAGCAGGUGUCAAGGAAGGCUGCCAGCAGAGAGAAAGGGCUGCACCAUGCCCCUUUCACCAUUCCAGCCCCCCUAACCAGGGGAGGCAGAGGAAGAAGAAGAAGAAGAGACUGGAGAAGACAGGGGGCAGAACACCUCAUGCUCCAGAGGAGCAGGAAUACAUGAAAGGAGCAUGGUUCGAUCCCGUGGUGCCAGAACCUCAGAAGUUGGACAACCACACUGCUGAUCCGACCUCCACAGGAUACCCCCUAGCCUUCCAGCCUGCCUCGCGGCACUCCGCUGCUAGCUCGGAGUACUUCAGCUGUUUCCUUUCAUGGGCUGCUGUCAUGCCAUACUCCCAGGGGAUGUAUGAGUAUUACCAAAAAGUCAAUUUCAUAAUGCAUGUGGUAACAUGCAUCAUCAUCAGUAUCAGCCUUCCUCUGAUGCUCAUGACCAUCUAUGCUCUUUUCUCUCUGGUACGAAAGGAUCAUGAGGCUCCAAUCUACGUCAUCAACCUUCUUAUUUCUGACCUCAUUCAGCUCUGCUGCAUGCUCAUUGUGGAGACAAAACUGGAUCAGACCAUUGUAUAUGAUAUCUACUCUUGUGGUCUAUGGAUCAGUGUUGACUUCAUGGUGUGUGUCUCACUGGAAAGGUAUUUGAUCAUCGCCCACCCACUGUGGUACCGCUUCAAACGGACCAUCAAGAACUCUGUGGUGGUCAGUGUUGUAGCCUGGCUCAUACCUCCUGUCUUUUUCCUCACAGUGUUUCCCUGGUUUACUUUUGAUGUGGCAGGAAGCAUCUUCGCCAUUUUCCUAAUCCUUCCCUUCCUACUGUUCAUAUUCUUCCUGGUUGGGACCCUCAGAGCCCUCUCUGCUUCCGUCUCCGUCCCCUCUGAAGAAAAACAACGAAUUGUUGGAAUUUUGGUCCUGGUGCUGCUCAUUUACACACUGCUGUUCCUGCCCAGCAUAAUUUUAUUCCUGAACAUGAACAACAGAUCUGACAGAACUCUGACUGACCUAGCUUUCAUGUUUGCUAAGCUGAGUCCUCUUGCAGACUUAAUUCUGUAUGUUUUCUUUAGGAAAGCGUCAAUUAGUAAGCUUUUUACCACUGUGAACUGUUGCAGAGUUGCCAACACUGACACCAACAUAUCAACAGUAUGA